GAACCUGCCAGCUUUGUCCGUGGUGACUCAGGCCCUUGGGCCCCCCACCUGCCAGCAGCCUGAGGAUAAGGAGCAGCCCUGCCCUGCCCUGCCCCGGCCUCCCACCCCUGACUUCGCCUGAUGACAAACCAGAAACUGAAACAGAGUCAGGAUUCCCGGCUUGAAGUCAGAGAUGAGUCACAGCUAAGAGCAAGUGCAGUAGCUGAGAAGUGGCACCAGAGAGGCAGACGUGAGCCCAAGGCACCAGAGGCGGGCAGCGCGUCUGCGGGUCCUGGUGACACAUGGAGAGUGGCACCGAGGUGGUGGCCAUGGACUGCGAGAUGGUGGGGCUGGGGCCCCGAGGGGAAAGCGGCUUGGCUCGUUGCAGCCUCGUGGACCUCCACGGCACCGUGCUCUACGACAAGUUCAUCCGGCCGGAAGGGGAGAUCACUGAUUACAGGACCCUGAUCAGUGGGAUCACACCUUGGCACAUGCAGGAGGCCACACCAUUUGCCGUGGCCAGGCUGGAGAGUGGCCACAAUGAUCCUGUGGUCGCCAAGGGAGAGCAUACCAAUGUCCCCCAUGAGGUCUCAGAAGGCCACCAGAAACAGAAGCAGGGCACGGGAGGGUGUCAGCCAGGUGGCAGUCUCCUUCCCCAGGCACAGAAGACAGGCCAGAAGUUAUGGGAGAGCUGUCCAGACGGGGGCCUGAGCCCCAAGAUGCCCCUCCAGCUGGGGCCCGACACAGCUCCACCCCAGAGCCCCCGUCCAUCCUUCUCCGGUGGCAGCCCAGGUGAAGAAAGGGGAGCCUGUGUGGCCGUAGGUAGGAGGCUGUCCCCAGGGCCACCAUGGGAGGGGAGUGGAGACGGAGUCCAGACGGGAGGCUUGGGUACUUUAGCGGUCACUCCCCGAAGCUCGGCCCCUGGGCUGGUGGACGCCAGGAGCAGGCCUGCUCUUCCUAAGUGUGCUCGUGACGGGCAGUCCGCUGGCUCUGAAGGCUGGCCCUGCCACUAACCAGCUGUGUGGCCAUCCCAGUUAUCUAAUGGUGCUCAGCAAAUCGCCUCCAAACAUAGUGGUUCAAACAAUGUCAAUAUUUACUUUGCUCCUGCACCUGCAGUCUGGUCAGGGACGGAUGGGGACAGCGGUUGGGCUGAGGCAGAGGCACCCGGCAGGCCCAGAGCCGGAACCUCGGGAGGUUGGCUUGCCUACCCAUCCCGUGGCUGGCGCUGGGGCCCCUCAGACUCUGCUCUCUGCCUCCAGUGCUCCCUCCAGCACGGUGGCUUCGGGGCAGCUCUGGGCUGCUGGGACACCGGCCCUCAGAGAAGUCAGAAGUCACACGGGCCGGCCCAUAUUCAAUUCAAUUGGACUCCAUCUUUUGCAUGAGCCAGAGUCAAGGAAUCCGCAAACUUGCUUUAAGAUCAUGAAGAGUAACCUGGGGCAAAUUAUUUCACUCUCUUAGUGCUUCCACUUUUUUGUUUUCAUCCGCAAAACAUGGGCUGCGUUAGCUUUUUACGGCUGCUUUCUACAAAACCACAGGCUUAGUGGUUUAAAGCCACACGAACGGGUUAUCCCUCGAUUCCACGGCUCUACGGUCUGACCCGGAUCUCAAAGGCUGAAAUUGAAGUGUGGGGAGGGCUGCGUUCCGUUCUGGAAGCUCUGCGGGGGAGUGCCAUUCCUCGCCUUUUCCGGCUUCCCCAAGGCCGCCCGCCCGUGUUCCUUGGCCCGGGGCCCCCUCCUCCUCCUUCAAGGCCAGCAGGAGCAGGUCAGGUUCUCAGGGCAAAGUUUCUUAGGGCCCUCCACCUGGAAGGGCCCUUGCGAUUCCAUUGGGCCCAUGCGGGUAGCCCAGAUCACCUCUCACCUUGCACCCCAAAGCCCACCUGCAGCUUUAACUUCUCUCCGCGUGUAAGGUGCUCGCGGAUUCUGGGGUUAGGGCGCGGGCAGCUUCGGGAAGUCAUUCACCUGCUUGUCACAGCAGGCUUGUUGACAGGGUUAAAUGACACAGGUGACGUACUUAGAUAAGUGUCUGGCACACGGGCGUGCUCAGUAGGUGCCACUGUCGUUACUCGUGCAUGAGGAGAGGCCCGGUCCAGCCUCCUCAUUAUACAGAUGAUAGAGAGGGUUGAAGCCCAGAGAGGGAGGACAGCUUGCUCAGAGCCACACAGCAAGUCGAGGAGGGACUGCUUCCCUCCGGUACCGCGAGGACCCCCAGUCGGCCCAGACCCGCCCGGAGGACCCC